AAACCCGGCUGGGUGGAUCGCCCCGGGGCCAGGUUCCGCGCUCCCCUAGCGGGUCAGUGCACGCUAGAGACCGGAGUUGCAGGGCGGGAGUAUGAAUUACGGGACGGUAGGAAACUGCAGCCCCAGCGAGUGGGCGGACGAGGAGACCUAGGAGGGUUCAAAAGGAGGUGGAGGGAUACACGGGCCACAGUCGGAACUACUUGCAGGAGGAGGUCACGUGUGUUCCUAGUUGGGGAACUUUCCAAAUUCCCACUCCCAUUUGAUAGCUCUAGAGGCAAGUGCUUCGCUUCCUUUGCCCAGGGUGCUCCCGCCAUGUACGGGUAGCUGGACCCCAGAGCCUACCCGGUUUCGGCGGAAGAAUAGGCUCAGACGAUCCUCCCGCCGGAGCGCUGUCGGUGCUGGCGCCUGAGGAGCUGGUUACACAAGCACCCACAUCCAAGCACGUGCCCCCGCCUCCUCUCACCUUGGCUGCCGCCGCUGAUUCUUGCGGAUCUCGGAGCAAGAGUUCCCAAGCUGGGCACGCUUUCCUGCUACCCACAGAGCAAGCUAGAGGACGGAGACCUGAAACUCCGAGCUCUGGAUCCGCUACCACUGCGCCUUCCAAACCGUGGGAGAAGGGGCUGGGCCCCGGGGGUCUGGCGCAUUUUCCUUGCUAGUGCCCUGCCCCCUAGGGCGAACCUUUCUGGUGCUGUACUCGCGGGGCAAAGGGUAUCUACUGCAGCAGCCCGGUGAUUGAAUUCAACGAUGUUGCGACAAACUUUCAGUCACUACUGAGCUGGUGAGCGCGCCCCACCUACUGUAGACUCAGCCUAGUGACUUAUCUGGUCGGAGAACCUAGUCCAUGGCCUUCAGCCCAGAACAAACUUGUCAAGUCUGCUUAGAGCUCGGAUUGUUUGACCUAAACCGCGAAGGAUCUGGUUCGGAAAUGCUGAAAAUUAGAGCACAUUUACCCUGGCAUCGAUCGGCUGCAAAUUCCUAAGAUCACUGGGAGAAUAUCUUCCAAACAACGAUGGAAAGGAGGCAACUGUUAUACGUGGAUUGAGAAAAAGAAAAGGGACUAUGCUCUUUUGAAAGGAAGGAAAUGCCAAAAGCUUCCGGGAAUAGAGGGAAACACUGCCACCUGCUGAAGAGUUGGAGUCAAUGAAAAUGGUGCCAGGCAUGGUUAGAGGGAGCAUCUCCUGCAGGGCUCAAAAUACCGUAUGCUAACACAUAUAUAUGAAUCUAAAAAAAAAAAAAAAAAGGUUCUGAAGAACCUAGGGGCAGGACAGGAAUAAAGAUGCAGACGUAGAGAAUGGACUUGAGGACACAGGGAGGGGGAAGGGUAAGCUGGGACGAAGUGAGAGAGUGGCAUGGACUUAUAUAUACUACCAAAUGUCAAACAGAUACCUAGUAGGAAGCAGCCGCAUAGCACAGGGAGAUCAGCUCAGUGCUUUGUGUCCACCUAAGAGGGGUGGGAUAGUGAGGGUGGGAGGGAGAUGCAAGAGGGAGGAGAUAUGGGGAUAUAUGUACAUGUAUGGCUGAUUCACUUUGUUAUACAGCAGAAACUAACACACCAUUGUAAAGUAAUUAUACUCCAAUAAAGAUGUUAAAAAAAUUUUAAAUUUUUAUAAAAUCAGUUAACGAAUCUAUUUGCAGUCUGAGCAGGUCAGUGCAGAGAGAAAGUUUAGUUCUGGAUUUUAUCAGGCCAAUCUGUAGUAGAGAAAGGUCAGCUUAUCUCUACUGUGAGGAUGGUAGAGGCCUGCAUCCCUGCUUCCCUUUCUUCCAUGAAUAUUUAUGCCUAUUAGCUCUGAAUUUUUUCCCAAAACCUAAAUCUCAAAAUAAUUAAAUAUACUUGGUUGAGACAAGAUAAAAGUGAUCUGAGAGGAAAAAGCAAUACAAAGAAGUUUAUUCAUAUAACAUAUGCACAGGGUUAAAAAUUCCCAGUGGCUCACUACUACCAUUCCCCAGACUGUCUGGGUUUUUUUCCUUUUUACUCUUCCUCUAAUAUUCACAUACAAAUAUACACACAAAGGGCAAUUGCAAGAGAGGGCUGGGAGAAAGUUGCUGAUCCUUUAUAUAAAGACUUAGCCUUUCCCCUCUGCUAUGGUCUGAGUGUGUCCUCUCCAAAUUUUUACAUUGAAACCCAACCCCAAGGUGAAGGUAUUAAGAGGUAGGGCCUUUGUGAGGUGAUUAGACCAUAAAAGCAGAGCCCUCACGAAUGGGAUUAGUGCCCUUAUAAAAACGGUCUGACAGAGCUCCCUUCUCCUUCUGCCAUGCCAGGUGAGGUUACAUCUAGAAGACAACAUUUAUGAAUCGGGAAGCAGGCCCUUGCUAGACACAGACCUGGUCAUGUAGGCGCACUGAUCCUGGACAUUCAGCCUCCAAAACUGAGAAAUACAUUUCUGUUCUUUAUAAGCCACCCAGCCUAUGGCAUUUUGCUGUAGCAGCCUGAACAGACUGAGACACCCUCUUUCCAGCAUCCUUCGCUCUCUUUUCUCCUGCCCUCUUUCUUACCAUUCUCUUUCUUCCUAUCCCAUUUUCCUCCUCCUAACCUCUAUAUUCCUAGAUUCUCUUUAUUAACGUACAAGAAACUGAUAUGGCUAGGAGACCAGGUGGGAAGGUGACAUUUACAGGACUGCCAAGUUACACAGCUCCAAGGGCCCCAAUCCACAUUGUAUGUGAUGCUGUUACUUCUUGCUUUUUCAACCACAUGAAUGUAGUAUCUUUAGUUUAUAUUUAAUUGUUUAAAACCUAACCUUAGCGGCCCAAUGGUAGGCCACUGGUUAAUUCCGUGGUUCCAUUUAAUGAUAAAAUAAAGCAGUUCUGGACCUUACCCAGUUAUCAGUUUCUUAUUAACAAUUUCUUAGGAUUAAUAAAACAAGUUCUAAAGGUACUCUCAUUGUGAUUUAGAUUUUUCUAUCUUGCAGAACUUCAGAAAGAAACCAUAGAAAAAUCUAAUGUUGUCAGACCUAACUUAGAUGGAAAUUUUUACCUAUUCUAAAUACAAUAGAUGAACAAUUCUCUUUUGUGAAUUUUUCCUAAUUAAUUGUACUUGAAUGUACUGCAUUUCUUAAAGGAUGUACAGGUUUUAUAUUUCAGGAAACUCGAGGAAAAGGAGGUCUGUAAGCAAAGGUCAUGGUACUUUAAAAUUAAUUUGGGAAUAUUUCAGGUCCUUAACAUAAAUUUCAGGAAGCUGGGAAACUGAAAGCUAAUGGAUAGAAACAGUCUAUUUUCUGAGAAAAACAAAACAAAACUCUCAUUUACCUAGCUGUGAGCCCUAAGUUUUAUCUGAAAUUUUCCUGGACAUAAUACCUUUGUCUUGGAUGCCUCCUAAGGUGCAGCCACAGACCAUUGGCUGCUAAAGUUCAUGAGACCACCUUUCUCCUAAAUUACCUGUUGAAGCAAGUACAAAGGAAUGUUAAUUGAGAUGUGUCUUAUUAAUGUGUUCUUGUGGAC